CGCGGGCUGCUGCCGUCUGGAGGCUCCGUUCCGUCGUCGCUUGCUGCCUUAGGCAGCCCUACUCGGCCGCAGGCCUGCUGGCUCAGGCCUGAAACCCCCAUGCCUGCUGGGCCUUCAGCCCACGGCAGGAAGGAGUUCUGUUGGGGUUCGGAAGCAUUGCUGUCUCUGUUGUUCCUGAGGCUAGACAUUGAAGGAGGGGAGAUACAAUACAAUGGCCAAGAACAAACUAAGAGGACAGAAGUCCAGGAAUGUAUUCCACAUAGCCAGCCAAAAAAGCUUCAAGGUUAAAAAUAAAGCAAAACCAGUUACCACUAAUCUGAAGAAGAUAAACAUCAUGAAUGAUGAAAAAGUUAACAGCGUGAAUAAAGCUUUUGUAGAUAUGCAAAAGGUACUUGUACAGUUCGUAAAAGGCCUUUCUCUUGAACCUCUGCAGAAACAGCUGAUUCCUCAGCAGUGUCAUGAAAACGAACCAGUUAAUGUUGAUGAAGCUACAAGAUUAAUGGCUCAGUUGUAAUACACUGGUGAUGCAUCAAAUUCUCCAAAAAGACCAAUAAAUUAAAUGUUUUAUACAAUUUUA